UAACGCUAGAUGAAAUCUUUACUUGGUAGGACCGUAUGACGGAGAGCUUCUAUGAGACCGGUGAUUUUUUUGCUAUGAGCGGAGUACCUAGGACAGGUUCGUUCAGGCUAAAAAGAAGAUAUUAUUCCCUCGUUAAUACCAUUUGCUGGGCGAUAGUUGUCCUUGUACCAAUGCUAUAUUACCUCUUAUGGCUCCUCCUAUCUGGCUCGUUCUUUGGCAUUACCGUCGGGAUCGGGGUUAUCAUUACGUUUUAUGUGCUAAUGUACAAAACGCUCGGAAUGUCAGAGAUAAGCAAGGGUUCGUCGUAUGGUGCGGCAGACACAAAAAAGGACAAAUAAUUUCAAAGCAAUUGCUUUAGGAGAGAUGGCUCCUGUAAAAAAAAAAUAAAGUGUCAAAGCAAGGACUACAAGAGAUUAUGCGAUUUUAGGUGAGAAAGGAGUGAGAAAA